AGCGACGUGGGGCGGGGACGGGGACAAGGACAGAGCGGAGAGGAGCCGAGCCGCCGGCCGCCUCAGGCUGCUGCCCCUGCCCCUGCCCCUGGCCCUGGCCUGCCUGCAGGGCCGGGUGGCGCAGUGCCUAGCCGCGCUGCUGGUGCUGCCCCCCCCCCCCCGCUGCCCAAACCCCGGCGCGGUCCCCGGGCGAAGAUGGCCGCGGAGCUGCUGCCCGCUCUGGGCGGCGCCGACCCAGCCCCUAGCAGCGGCUCCAAGGAGGCGCCCUGCUGCCCGCCGCCCGCGCCGCCCGCGCCCCCGCCGUCUGCACCAGCAGCGCGCACCAACAACCCCGAGGGCCCCAGCUGGCAGGCGGCGUACCCCACCCUACGCGAGCGGAACACGCUCAUGUUCAACAACGAGCUCAUGGCGGACGUGCACUUCGUCGUGGGCCCCCCAGGUGUUGCCCAGAGGGUGCCCGCUCACAAGUAUGUGCUGGCCGUGGGCAGCUCUGUCUUCUAUGCCAUGUUCUACGGGGACCUGGCCGAGGUGCAGGCCGAGAUACACAUCCCCGAUGUGGAGCCUGCUGCCUUCCUGACCCUCCUAAAGUACUUGUACAGCGAUGAGAUCCAGCUGGAGGCAGACACUGUGCUGGCCACGCUCUAUGCGGCCAAGAAGUACCUGGUGCCUGCGUUGGCCAGGGCAUGUGUGGGCUUCCUGGAGACCAGCCUGGAGGCCAGGAACGCCUGCCUGCUGCUGGCGCAGAGCCGGUUGUUUGAGGAGCCUGAGCUGACACGUCGUUGCUGGCAGGUGAUCGACGCACAGGCUGAGGUAGCGCUGCGCUCUGAGGGCUUCUGUGACAUCGACUGGCCCACGCUGGACACUAUCGUUACGCGGGAGGCGCUCAACGCCAGGGAGGCUGUGGUCUUUGAAGCCGUGCUGAGCUGGGCAGAGGCCGAGUGCCGGCGACAGGGGCUGCCCGCCACACCAGCCAACAAACGCCACGUGCUGGGUCCUGCAUUGCACCGUGUGCGCAUCCCAGCCAUGUCACUGGAGGAGUUCGCCAAUGGCGCAGCCCAGUCAGACGUGCUGACGCUGGAGGAGGCACACAGCAUCUUCCUGUGGUUCACAGCAGCCAACAAGCCGGCAUUGGCCUUCCCACUCGCAAAGCGCCAGGGCCUGGCCCCCCAGCGCUGCCACCGCUUCCAGGCCUCUGCCUACCGUGGCAACCAGUGGCGCUACCGAGGGCGCUGCGACAGCAUCCAGUUUGCUGUGGACCGCCGUGUGUUUAUUGCGGGGCUGGGCCUAUAUGGCUCCAGCGCGGGCAAGGCCGAAUACGGCGUCAGGAUCGAGCUCAAGCGCCAGGGCGUGGUGCUGGCUCAGAGGCUCACGCGCUUCCUCUCUGAUGGCUCCAAUCUUACCUUCCCCGUGUGGUUCGAGCACCCGGUACAGGUGGAGCAAGAUGCCUUCUACACGGCCAGUGCCGUGCUGGACGGCAGUGAGCUCAGCUACUUCGGGCAGGAAGGCAUGACAGAGGUGCAGUGUGGCAAGGUCACCUUCCAGUUCCAGUGCUCCUCUGACAGCACCAAUGGCACUGGAGUGCAGGGCGGCCAGAUCCCAGAGCUCAUCUUCUACGCCUGAGCCCAGAGGGUGAGGCAGGCAGCUGGGCCAAGGGACGCCGUAUGGGCAUCCACCAACACAGUGCAUGGUGCAAGGCAGGGCUCUUCCUCCAGCCAGCUGAGUCCCCAGCUCCCCACCCCAUGCUUUGACAGGCUGGUGUACAGCUUAGGUGUGGGCAACACUCCCCAGGCCCUCUCACUGCCUGGACAGGCUGGCACUCAGCUCAGCUGUGGCAGCACCCCGGCACUUCCCAGCAGUGCCCCACCAGCAGGCACGCAGGCCCAGACUCUGGAGCUUCCUCUAAGCCCAGGCCUGCCUGUCAGAUCCAGGGUCAGGGCAGGCGCUCAAACUGUUUCCUACUGAAGCAGGUUUUCACAAUAAAGUCCUAAGGAGCUCCA